AUUUGGUUUUGAGAAUGAACUCUUCAAGAAACUUUUCCUGGGAAGUUUGUGAGGGAACUGUUAUAAGCUCUGUUGACGGACGAAAAAAGGAUGUUUUACUAUCGAAUGACUGGAAAAAGAAGAAUACAACUUCUCAGACUGACUUUUCUAUGGAUGGUUUUCGAAUGACUCUAACUCGAGAUUUUCUUUAUGACUCAGUUAAGAAGGAGUUUCGUUGGCAUAAAACUUGGUGUUUGCCUCUAAUCCAGAUACAUAUGCCGACUUAUCAGCAACACGGUGGAAAAUUGUUGGUGAGAAUCCAUUGUGUGAUACCUGGAGGUUCACGUGGUCAGUUUGAAGACGUCGGUCUAAAAGGACAAACUUCGCAGCAACUGGUAAAUGGGGAGUGUACUUUUUCUAGACUGAGAUUCGUUUCUACUAGCAACUUACAUGGGGGUAAAAAGUUUCAUCUAAUAUUAUCCGUUUGGUGUGAGUCUGUAUGUCUUUUGGCAUACGUGUCAAGCGGCAUCUCAGUUUACUCAAGGAAGGAUGCGGAUAAAAAAAGAAAGAAAGCAAAAGAUGUUCUUGAAGAAAGAACGGUUGAUACAGCUUUUCGAGUGUUCUCUCCAAGUUUAUUUGACAGAGAUUUCGUUAAAAAAGUGAACGACCACAAGGGGCAUACCAUUUGUGAAAAGAUAGACAAUUCUUUAGUAGGUUUGGUUAACUAUUUUCAGGCUCCAAAUAUUCGUGCCAAAUGUCGACAUCCUGUGUUUUUGCUAUGCAAGUUCAACAAUGUGUUGUCACUGGCGAGAAACGUUAAUCUAUUUCCAGAAGAAACAAAAGAAAUGUUUUACUGCUUCUUAUCGGACUUGGGAAUAGGUAGUAAUAACUUUCAGGAUCAUUCACAAUAUAAGGAUACUCUUUCCACGACUUAUCCUCGUUGGUUCAUAAUUCUAAAAGAGAACAACUCACUGACAGAGGAAGCAAAGCGAAGAAUAUCUGAAAACAUGAAAUAUAUAGAAUGCAGAGUCAUUGGCUUUGUACAGUCUCCGUUAUUCCUUCCAGAGCACUAUCGUCCUGUUCAAAAUGUUGUUCUAUUAAGGCAAUUGUAUGAAAGAUGCUACUCGUCGUUUCUUUUAUCUUCGGAUACCAAUGUUGUGAAUGAUAUAGAGAUUCAGGAGAAGUGGGAUCCAGUUGAAAGUUCCCAAUGGGAAGAUAUUGUGAAUAACAUUGAAACAGUUUCUUAUUCUAGUCACGACUCUUGUAAUAUUUCCUUUGAAAGCUAUACAACUGAGACUUUGGCUGGUGAGAAUAUUUGUACAAACUGGACUCGAGAUUCAUUUAUUGAAACAAAGUCAUUUCUAGAACAUUAUUUUCGCAUUCACCACAAAAUUCGUCAACUUUUGUUUCAGUUAACUGAUGGAGCUACUCAGUGUAUGAGAGAACAGUCUCAGGAACUUGUGGAUAAGCUGAAAAUAGUGUAUCGAAGUUUUUUUCGGUUAUUAAGUGCACAUGCUCACGCAGAGGAUACAAUCAUAUUUCCUCAGUUGGCUAAAAAGAUUCCAGGAAUAACCGAAGCUUAUCACUUGGACCAUUUCAUGGAAGGACGUGAGUUAGCUUCACUUGGAGAUAUGAUCGAGAAUUUUGUUCCGGAAAUAGCGAACGAUGUUUUUCGUAAAGUUACCAGUUUCAGCGCAAGAUUUUUGCAGCACAUGGAAAAGGAAGAAGAGCAUCUCAUUCCAUAUUUGGUUCAUGUCUUUAGUGACCAUGAAAUUGCCAUUUUGAAGGAACGCGUGAUUUUAGAGACAAACAAUGUUUUAGUAGACAGUGAGAAAGGGGAGACAGAAUCGUUGAUUGAAGUUGCUUGGACAGCAGACACUUCCGAUUUAUCCACAUGCCGCUAUUUUGUUGAGGAUUCAGGUCCAAGCAAAUAGUUGUGAGGUAACAAAGAUAACGAGCAAGAACCACUCCAGUAUCCUGUUUAGUAUCCUGUCUUCAGAAAACUGAAUGGAAAUGUAUUCGAAAAGGUAGCGAACUGCAGCGAAAUCUUUUUAACA